CUAACCGUUCUAAGACAAGCUUUGGCACAGAAGUAAAGGAAAACCUUUUUGAAAGUGUACAACCGUUAUCAACGACUGAGGCUGGGGAAAAAAAUAUUCCACCUGAAGCCAAUUCUAGUAAUGAACCUGAAUUAUCACAGACAAAGGAUAAACAACAAAAUGAAAUGGAUCAAACUGAAAGCCUUUUUAUUAAUACAACUUUGGAGGAAAAUGGGACUGUUACAGAAUGUAAAAAUGUUGAAGAUUUAAAGCAAACUGGUAAUAACGACAGCAGUGAAACAUCAUCAACAGAGGACAGCAGCAGUGGUUCAUCCAGCAGUGACGAUUCAUCUACAACUGAGUCUGGAGAGGAGUCAACUAAAGGUUCAGCAUCGGAGUCGUGCAACAUUGCUUUAGAAAUCUCACUUAUCUCUAAUGAAGGAACUGAGGAUAUACGCCAGGACAACACGUCUGCUUCCAAGGAACUGAAAGAGAAACGCAGUUCUUCAUUAAAUCCUCAUAUGCGAAAAGAGGAACUUCACCGAAACAAGAAGGGUCGAAGUAUGGAGCACACAAGCACAGGAACAAAGACUUCUGAACACCUGACAGACAGCAACGACAAACGGAAAUGGAAUUAUUCAGAAGAGACUGAAGGUAAUGAAGUUUUAGUUACUAAAAAGGUUAAAAAGAAAAUUCAAAAAUGAUCUUUCUAAAUGUCCUUUAAUAGUUUAUUGGUUGCUUCUUGUAAUGUAAGAGGAAUUCAGUCAGCUUCUAAUAGAUUUAAAAAGAUACAAUUAUUGUUAAGGGAAAAUUUUGAUAUUUUAUGUGUGCAAGAAACUCGGCUUUCAAAUGUAAAUGAUGUUAAAGAUGUACAAAGUUUGUGGUUUAAAAAUAAGAGUUUCCUUUCAAUCGGGGAAAGUAAAGCUGACGGUAUCGGAAUUAUGUUUUAUAAAGAAAACGUAAAAGUUAUUCAAUU